UACGUGUACGUGUUGGGCGGAAGAAAUCGCGGCUUAACGGUGGGCGUCGUCGAGCGAUACGACGUGCUGAAAAAUAGAUGGGAGCGCGCGCCGACGCUCGUCGAGCCGCGCGGGUCGCACGGCGCGUGUGCGGUGAAUUCGACGAUUUACGUCGUCUCUGGCGGUGGCAUAAAGUCGAAUCUGUCGUCCAUGGAAACCUUGGACGCGGCGAACGACGCGGCUUGGACGCUCGUCGAAGACGUCGUUCGACCUCGACACGCCAUGGGCUCGGCGGCGACGAAAGACGGAAAGAUUUACACCGUUGGCGGGUGGUUCAACGGGAGCGAGGCGUUGGCGACGAACGAUGUGUACGAUUGUGCGACGAAAACCUGGCGCGCGGGCGCUGAAAUUUCGCACGCGAGGCGUUUGCACGGCGUCUGCGCCACGGAUGCCAACGUCUUCGUCUUCGGCGGCAUGCUUCGCAAAGGCAUCGAAACCGAUCUCGCCGAGCGCUACGACCCAGUCACGGACAGUUGGACCCCGAUCGCGCCGUUACCAUCG